AUGUGCGGUGCUAAAGUUGUCAUUUGCGGAUUUGAAGCUGAUGAAGUUGAGCAAGUGGCACAGCAAAUUAAAGGUAUUACUGGUGAGAUGCCAUUUACUUUGACUGGAAACCUAACUGAAAAUGGCUUUGCUGAAAAGCUGGUCAAAAACACUGUAGAGCACUACGGCCGCAUUGAUGUUCUUGUCAACAAUGCUGGCCGUGCUUGCACUGGAGAUUCCUUUUUGGAUAAAGAACUGAUGAACCAGUACAGUACCUUGAUGGAUUUAAACUUGAAAACUGUUAUUAAAAUGAUUCAUCUUUGUGUUCCUCACUUGGAGGCAACAAAAGGAAACAUCGUUAACGUGUCAUCCAUUGCUGGUUUUGCUCCAUUACGUAUGCCUCUAUACAGUGCAUCUAAAGCAGCGGUUAACAUGAUCACUAAAGUGGCCGCGGUUGAGCUAGGUGAAAAGGGAAUACGCUGUAACUCAGUCAAUCCAGGUCCAAUCAAAACUAAUAUUGGACGAAGUGUAGGAGUUCCUAAGUUGCUGUUGAGUGAGACUAGCGAAUUGUCGAAUCACACAAUUAUGCAGCGAAACGGAGAACCUGAUGAAGUGGCAAAUCUAGUCCUUUUCCUAGCUUCUAAUGAAACUUCCAGCUACAUUACUGGUGUAAACAAUUUAGUCGAUGGCGGUUACAUGUGUCUCUAA